AUGUCAAAAUUAGAAUUUCAAGAUAAUCAAGAAACCACAAAUAACAAGCCCACAACUACAACAGAAUCUAUAACAAUUUGUCAAGAAAAUGAAGAAACUAAAGAAGAAAACACACCGAAAUUUACAUCUGAAGAAAUUGCUGAAUUACUGAAAACAGCUGAACAACAUAAAUCAAACGGAAAUAAUUUAUUUAAUGAACAAAAAUAUGAAGAAGCAAUUGAACUAUACGAAAAGGCUCUAGAAACUUGCCCAAUUGAAAAAACGAAAGAAAGAGCCGUUUACUUGGGAAAUAUUGGAGCAUGUCAGGUUAAAAUGAAUAAGCAAAAGGAGGCAGUGGAGGCAUGUACAAAAGCACUUGAAGAAGAUCCAACAUACACAAAAGUAUUGUUUCGUCGAGCACAAGCAAAUGAAAAAAUAGCCACACACUCUUCAACAAGUUCUGCACUCGAAGAUUACGAAAAACUCUCAACAGAUCCAAUUCACAAAUCCGAAAAAAUAGUUUUAGAUAAUCGUAAUUUAAUAUCGAAUGCAAUUAAAAGAUUACCUCCGAAAAUAAAAGAGUUACAAAAAAAAGAAUACGAUGAAAUGAUGGGUAAACUUAAAGGUUUUGGCAAUACUCUUUUAGGAAAAAUUGGUUUAUCAGUAGAUAAUUUUCAAACGGUAAAAGAUGAAAAAACCGGUUCUUAUAAUAUACAAUUUGUUAAUACACCCAAUAAAGAUGGUGAAGGUGGAAGUGAAGGAAGUAGCAGUAAUUCAUAA